UGUACACUCCGCCAUCUCUCUCUCUCGUUGGAGCAGAUCUCUCUCGUGAAUAUCGACAAUGUCGACCACUUUCUGCUCUUCGGUCUCCAUGCAAGCCACUUCUCUGGCAGCAACAACGAGGAUUAGUUUCCAGAAGCCAGCUUUGGUUUCAAGGACUAAUCUCUCCUUCAAUCUAAGCCGUUCAAUCCCCACUCGCCUCUCAGUCUCCUGCGCUGCCAAACCAGAGACGGUAGAGAAAGUGUCUAAGAUAGUUAAGAAGCAACUCUCACUCAAAGACGAUCAAAAUGUCGUUGCGGAAACCAAAUUUGCCGAUCUUGGAGCAGAUUCUCUCGACACUGUUGAGAUAGUGAUGGGUUUAGAGGAAGAAUUUCAUAUCGAAAUGGCUGAAGAAAAAGCACAGAAGAUCACAACGGUGGAGGAAGCUGCUGAGCUCAUUGAUGAGCUCGUGCAAGCCAAGAAGUGACUUUUAGUAUUAAGAGAACCAAAGGCUAAUCUUUCUGUCAUUUUCUUUUAUUAUGAUGUCAAGUGAAGCGACUCUUUGCUAGUAUCUGUAUUGCCAUGGAUCUCUCUCU